AUGCCGUCUAUGCUCAAGUGGUCCACGGACUACUUGAAGGCUGCUGGGCUGCCAAUACCGCAGCAGGAGAAAGGAGAUUAUAUUAUUGAUAUUCAGGCCGUAAGAAGAUUGUUACCUGGUCUACCGGAAGUCGCGGGGUUGUUGCACGAGAAUGCUAUUGGGCCUAUAUGUAGAGGGAUUCAGGGGAUGGUUGUUGGUGAUAUUGAGAGGACGGUGUUGCUGUUGUCGGAGUUGGAGGAGCGGUAUGAGGAAGGGUCGGUGUGUGAAGAAGAACCCGAGGUCAAUUGGGAUGAGAAAGUUAUCGAAGAAGACGAUUCCAUGUCACGAAAGAGGCGACACAGCUCGUCUGCCCAUUCUGUAUACUCGAAAGAUCCUAUCAUUAUACCACCCCUUCACCCCUCAAUACCCUACAUCGUCAUCAACCACUGUGGUUCACAGACGCACGAAGAAGACGUCUGUAGGGUGCCGUAUCAAAACAGCGGGUUUGGCCAGUACUUGACUGUGCCUACACAUCCUCCCUUUAACCAAGUUCACCCGCCGCUACUUCCCACACAUGCACAUACUAUGAUGCCGAUAAUGGAGAAAUGGGUCUGGAAAAAUGGACAUUGGGAAGCUGUGUUACCCUCCCUCGAGGAACAGACGCUCAGAGGGCUGUGUUCAAGACCGAUCCUCAAUACUCGAAGAAAAGCCUCAAGAACAUGAUUAUCGAUUCCAUUCCUUUCAAAUUUCCAAAAUUACUCUAGAAAUCUCCUAUCAAUGUGUUGUACCAUUUAGCAUAUCUGUACUUGUAUCAAUAGCUUGUAAUUUGUCGAUAAUUAGGGUCGGUACCAAAGCGCGUGAAUGCAAAUAGACGCGCAUCAGGGGGAUCAAGGACAACACGUGCCGCAACGUCACCGUGACUCUGCCACAGUCUCUUC